AUGGUUCACGUCAGUGACCAAGUUGUUUACCUUAUGGAGACGACGGGGUUACCUCUUUCGGUCAUCUGCUUCCUGGGGCACCUUUUUGUUUUUCAUCUGGGGUGUUUCCUGUUCGAAGUAAUGGAUCAAAGUGGCUGGCUCCUUGAUUAUAAGGAGUUUCGAGGAGACCAACGGCGGUACUGGGCACUUUUGCCCCAGGUGUGUUUUAACCAAUUUUUUAUUCUGCUCCCGUCGAUGUACCUAUGCGAGAAACUUGGAGUUGCGUUCGACAGCAUUGACUCGAGACAGCAGCAACUCCGUCAGACUAUCUGGCACUACCUCUUUUACGCGGUCUGGAUGACCAUAGGACACGAUAUAUUCUUUUACCUCGGACACCGAUUCUUGCUCCAUUCCAGCUGGGGUUACCAGCUUCUGCAGCACGAUCUGCAUCAUUCUACCAAAGCAAGUAUCGCUCUCAGUAGCAUGUACAUGGCCCCGAGCGACUAUGUCCUGGAAAUUUGCGUGCCGUAUCUGGUGCCUUUGUGCAUGCUCAAGGCAGAUGCUGCUUUCCAUUUCGUUGCCAUUGCUCUGGGUAGCCUCGGGGGUAUGUACGAGCAUUCGGGCUACAAUUUUUGCCCCUAUUUUCCUGGACUCAGCACAAUGGCGCAUGGCAUGCACCAUACGCGAUACAACUGCAGCUUUAGCGACGGCGUCGGUAGCUCAAAUCUCAUGGAUGGGCUAUUUAGAACAAGCUAUGAGUGUGUGUAUCCGAAAUGGUCUGGCAAGAAAAGCAUCAGGGAGUCUAAGGAUGCUCAAUGCACGUAUGGGCUCAACUGA